AUGAUCAACUACAUGCCUGACCGAACAGUUAAAAAUCGCUACAAACCAGCGGUUCUCAUAAAUGCAACAUUUGAACAUGUUAAAUCCGCUGAUGAGUUCCUUGAUUAUUUCUUUACCUACGUUUAUGGUAGUAUCACUGCGGAAGAAGAACAUGGAACUGGUUCUGUUCAUCAAGCAUUCACCUACUUCCGCGAUUUCUCGCUGUGGAAUUCAAAGCGAAAAGGAGAAGCUGUGGUUACCAUGGAUAAAUUUGCUGAAUACAUGAUUGACAAAUUUUUCAUGCCACAAGUGGCUCACAUAACCCCUCAUUCUCUCACAUCCAUCUCUCCAGAAAACUCACAAUUAAGUGAGUCGAAGCAGGCAGCACAUCACAUUCUAAAAAUAUUUGAUCCGGAUGUGAUCUAUCUUAUCGAAGGACAAAAUAUUGAUAGCCCAAAAAAUGCGUUGACACUAACGCAAAAGUACCAUCGACUUUUCGGAGAAUUUGAGAUAUAUUUCGAGCCCACUGAGAAUAAACAUGAAUACAAACUUAAUACAACGGAAGAGAGGUCCUUCUUGCGCGACCCCUUAUUCCCAGUCGUUCGCCAGCUUUAUCUCAGUCCUGAACAUACUAUUGAUCCACCCUCACCUCAUCUCCUUGCAGUCCAUAGUGCUGUUGCACGCAUUCUGAAACUAAGCGGUGCUGCGGGUGAAUACAUAGAAAACAUACUUCGAGAAAUGGAGGAUCCUUGCGUGGAGGCAGAUGAAUCAACAAAUUUAGAACGCCUCCUAAACUGGGGUGUACAGGAUAUCUCAUCAAUAUGGCAGAAGAAGCAACAUAUCAUGAAACGCAACCUGUCACUCAUGGCAUCCCAAUGCAAUGAAACCGCUGCUUACAGAAUCCAAAUAGCCGCCCACCGGGCCGGCCUUGUGAUUGUGGUUGCAUAA